AUAAUAAUGCAUUGUAGUUAGAUUUGCGCUGUGUUGAUUGUGAUUAUUGUUGUGGUUACUGCCACUACAUGAAAUCUUCUUCUAUUUGAUUUAUAAGGGGAAAAUCACGCUGUUCCUAGAUCCUGUAGCUUAAAAAGUGUGAGAAUCACAUAGUAGAGAAUCGAAAUCAGCGCUUUCGAAAAUCGAAUUUUUUCCGCUUUGACACCACUGUGCUGCGUAGCAAAACGCACGCACACGAUUAUAGAUUGAAAACGGCCAUUUAUGGCAGGAUAGUGAGGGAACGCUAACCACGACCGAUUUAUAUGUCCGAGAUCACGACGGCGCAGCGCUUCGAGAGAAAUCAAAGCAGUGAUAUAUCUGGAAAUGGAUCAAACAACGCAAGUUAACUUUCCGGUUGUUGUUAAAUACGAUAAACGAAGAAUAUGGAGACAUAACACUUCGACAGAUUUAUAUUCAACACUUCCUUCUUUGAAAAAUGUGUCUUCAAAUGAUUCUUGGAGUCAAUUAAAGCCAUUAUCGCAUAGACCUAAAUCGUUAAAUGUACCUUCAGGAUUAAUCAACGAAACGAAGAUUGCGUACCUAGAAAGUCCGACGAUCCAACAUAAUUCAUUAACCGAUACUUCUUUAGGAUCUAUAUACAGAGAAAGAACACCACCUUUUUCUAGUAAUUCUAGCAUUACUUCGAAUGGAGUUCCUUUCGGUUCUAUAGUGUCUAAAUCAAGGCCUAAGGUGAAAAUAAGAGACGACGAAAGCAUCACGAGUGCUCCUAAAUCUUUCUGUAGAUGUUACGAUGUGGAUACUACGCAAAAUAACGAGAAAUUACAAUUAACGAACACAACCAAAGGUCUCUCUUGGAGAAACUUACACAUGUCUAGAGCCAAACUCAAAGCAACAGCAACGACAUCCGAACUUCUCUCUGGUUUCGCAAUGAUUGCAAUGGUAGAACUCCAAAUAAACACACCAACAAAUGUACCUGAAUGGUUGUUCGUACUGUUUGCAGUAUGUACGACGGUACUAGUAGCGGUUCAUAUUUUUGCCCUCAUGAUUUCUACAUACAUACUCCCCAACAUAGAAGCUAUAGCUAAAUUAGAAGUUUGUGAAAUGGUAACAGAAAGUCCCCACGAAAGAAUGAAAGGAUUUAUAGAAAUUGCUUGGGCAUUUUCUACCAUUCUUGGUCUGUUUUUAUUUUUAAUAGAAGUUGCAAUACUAUGUUGGGUGAAGUUUUGGGACUAUUCCUUCACCGCUGCCGUUGCUGCGACAGUAAUAGUGAUACCAGUUUUAAUAACAUUUGUUUUGUUUGCAGCACAUUUUUAUCAUUCUUUAGUUGUUUAUAAAUGUAAAAGUUCUAAUAGUGAUAUGGAAAAGUUGGAGAAUAUUAAGAAACAACUGGAUGAAAUUAAAAUUACGAUUUGAUCUUAUAUUUUAAAAACAACUUGGUUGUGAAACGAUUCUACUCAUUUAUGGAAUUUCUAAAAAAUGGAAUUAUACCAUUUUUUUUUCUAAAAACCAGUGAAGUCAGAUAUCCGUGGAAAAAUUUAAACUGGUGGAUGUAUUGACUAUAUUGAUAUUCUAUGGACAAGACUGAGUAUUAUAGUUCUUCAACAAGAUUAUAAAACAGUUUAAUUGUAUCGAUACGAAAAUAUAUGUACAUGCUUGAAUAAACCAUAUUGAAAUAACA